AUCGGGGAUUUUUCGUCCGUGUGGAAAAGCGAUUUUCACCUGGUUCCAAAGGUGUCAAAAGUGUCGCAAGUGCGCCGGUGGUGCCGGAAGUCGAUAAAUCGAGUGGAAUCAAGCGUUGGUUUGGUGGGUGGUUCUUCGGGGUUGCCGAUUGGGAAUGUUCCUUCAAGUUGGUGAUCGAUAUUGGUGGUGCUGAGUUUGGAUUCGUGAAAAGUUUGCAAACCGGGAGGAAGAGAAGGGACAUUGCCAAGUGACCGGGACGUGAAGGCGCCUCAAGCUCGCCGAAAUGAUAAACCUCAAGGUGAAAACGUUGGACUCGCAGAACCAUGACUUCAGCGUGGAGGAUGAUAUUACGGUGCGCCAGUUCAAGGAGCACAUCGCCGAAAAGAUCAACGUGGCGGUGGACAUGCAGCGGCUCAUCUACUGUGGCCGCGUGCUGAGCGACGACAAGGCCCUGAAGGAGUACGACGUGAACGGGAAGGUGGUCCACCUGGUUCAGCGCGCCCCACCGUCGGCCCGUGGCUCGAGCAGCAGCACCAGCGGCGGCGUCGGUUCCAGCAGCCUGUCCGACGAGGGGGCACGAGCUUCGGCGAGGCGCUCCCGCAGCAGCGACAAUGGCGCCUCCCGGGGCCAGAUCUUCCGCGGGUUGGACGAUUUCAACACGAUGUACUUUGGCUCGAUGACGUCGAUUCCGCUGAACGUGAAUGCCACGCAAACUCCUCCGCAAAUUCCGACCGUGAGUCCGUCGUCGACGCUCUGCAUGAACCGGAUUACCGUGGCCCGUCACAUGCUGCAGUGUGUGGACAACAUAAUCAGCUAUUUGGAGACGCCGGAACGCGGUUUGAACAACACGGCGAUGGACAUUCUGUCCCAGCAGACGAUGGAAUCGACGGUGUUUGAGGUGGGCAUUAGCGCGGUUGGAGACGUGGACAUCCCGCCGAACCAGAUGCAGAACUUUGUGCAGGCCUUCCAGGGUGCAGUUUCGGCAGCGUUCCGUCAGAAUGGCAUCUCGAACGUGACGGUUCAGCAGCAGCAGGACACGCUCAACCCGUCGGUGCAGGUUUUCGGUACGAUUCCCGACUCGGCCAUCGUAACGCCACCGAACACGAGCGCAACGGCCACGCCGGCCCAGGAAAGUUCGGGCGCUUCUUCGGGCAGCUCGUCGACGUCUUCCAGCACGUCGGAGUCGAGUGCCGAUUCGAGACGGCAGGCACGACCCGGUGCCGGUGGAGCAAGUGGUGGAGGCAGCGGCAGCGGAUCUUCGCGGAACCAAACCACAAGCACGCAAACGUUGGCCGAAGUGGUCCAACAGAUGCGGGUCGUCCAGCGACGCAUGGAACCGUUCCUGCAGCAGUACUACGAUAUACUGCAAAAUGAUCCGACGUACGAGGAGAGGGAUGCCGCUAUCCGUGAGAAUGCCCAACGCGUGUUUGACCGCAUUUCGGAAGCCCUGCACUACAUGUCCCAUGCCCAGCACGCCAUCAGUGACCUGAUGUUGGACCUGCAGACCGCAGCGCCGCGUCAUCUGUGCUGCCGGCCGAUUCUGGUCGAGCAGUCGGCGUUUGUUAGCUCCGGAAUUGCAGCCGUUCCGAACAACAUCAACUUGGCGAACCUGCUGCGAGCCACCCACAACAACAACAACCCGGAGGUCGGCAACAACAACAUCAACGCACAGAUCAUCAACCUUUCGAUUCCCGGAAUGCCCGGUUCGGCCCCCGGUGGACCACUUACGAUGCCACCGUUGAUUCCGGUCAACACUCAGAACCGCCCCACCACGGGAUCAGCGGCUGCUGCAGGUCCAGCAACGGGCACCGCAAACACGGGAGCAAACGCACCCACCACCGCCACAGCGCAACCGCAAGGUCAGUCCGCACGCCGCGUCAUUCCACUGUCGGAACUUCCGGACGACGUGGUGACCCGCGUCUAUAUUCCCCUGUACGACCCCCAGACCGUUAGACGUGUGCAGAGCCUGGUCCAGACGAUGGGAGCGCCAGACGGUUCGAGGGCGCCGCCGGGCCGGAGCAGCAGCGCAAGCCGCUCUUCCUCCGCGACGGCCUCGACCGCGACGACGACACCACCAACCACCAACAACGACGACCAGCGGCCAACGCCAGCGUCCUCCUCCUCCCCGUCUUCCACCAACACUUCGCGGACGACCAGUGAGUCAGACUCGGUCAGCUCGGGGAGCUCCCCCGAACGACGGUCAUCCGCCCCUAACUCUACCAACGCGUCUGCCACCAAUGCCAGCAACAACAACAACGCCCAAAUGCAAAUGGCUCGCCUAAUCCAGGCCGUUGUGAACGCCGCCCCAAUCCACGCCGACAUCCACGUCCAGAUCAACGCAGGUGGAAAUCCUCCAGCCAGUGGUGCCGCCGCCGCCGCCGCAGCAUCUUCGGGAAGUGGCACUGCAGCAGCAGCAACGACAACGGCAUCAACGGGUGCGAGCGGAGGCGCUGGUGGACCCCAGCCGAACCCCACGAUGACCAACAACACUUCGACCAACACCAACAGCGGUGGCAACGACGGCACGCAGUCCCGAUUCGCGACGGUCACGCUGCCGACGACGUCCACCCAGACGCGAUCAACGGCGCGGCCCCACGUGCACAGCAUUCCGCCGGCGCACAUCCGCCAGGUGCGCCCCAUUCCGGCCAACAUGCUGUCCUCGUUCGACAGGUUUGACAGGUUCCUCCCGUGCAACAGUCAUCACAUUCGCGAGAAUGGUGACCGCGGUCCGGAAACGAUCACGGUGCGCACCGCGAACAAUAGCAACAGCAGCAGCAGUGGAACGACUCCGGCUUCCGGCGGUCAACCGAGUGCGCCACCCUCGGAAUCGCUGGCAUCGCUACCGUUCAACCUGUUUGGCAGUCAGUUCACGCUGGCCGAUUUUGAGCAGAUCGUGCCCAACCCGAACACGCUGAACCGGAUACGUGACUCGCUGCAGACGUACGUCGUCCAGACGCUGUUCAACGGCGAACCCAUCAGCGAGGGCACCAUGCCGAACGCCAUGAACGCGCUGAUCCAGCAGCUGGAGCCGAUCCUCGCGCUCGUGUCCCGGUACGACCUACCGGACUACGACACGCGGGCCUCCUUCGAGAACCUGAUCCGCCGUUCGGUCCCGUUCUGUAUGAACCUGAUCCGCGAGGACAGUUCGCAGCAGUUUGGGGUGCGUUUGCUGCGCUUCCUCAUCACGUUCGUGCGGCGCUUCUUCAUGAUCCUGGUGGUGGGCGUUGGCGCCGUGAACGCCGAGUCUUUCUCGCGGGAGCUGUUCAACAUUGCCGUGUUUGGCACGCCGGACACGAGCAGCGUUGCGCCGGAGCUGCUGCGACUGUUUCUGCCGGCGAUCCACCGACAGCUGGACCGCUCCGGUCACCACGACCAGCAGGAGAUUCAGGAGUUUUUGGUGAUUCGGAGUCGGCCGCCGGGCGAGCAGAGCAGCGGCGCCAAUCGGGGACCCAGUCCCAUGGAGGUGGACGACACGGAAUCCUCGACUACGCCGGAGCUCGUGUCGGACAUUGCGGAAAUUUCCAUCUCCAUCGAACCGCCAAACAUCGUCAACCUGGACCAGUGCGCCGCGAUCGUCAUUUCGGCUGGCCCCGUCACGUCCGGAUCGACACCCUCGACGGUGCGGGUAGUGGCGGCCGCUCCAUCCGCUGCUCCGACGACCGCUCCACCUGGUUCCGCUCCUCCGGCAUCACGCACCACCACCAACAGUGACGACGUAACGAUGACCGUUCCGUUGGCGGUUGUUGACCCCCAGGUUCCACCGCCACUGGCCGACGAAGAGGACCUGCCCUCGGUGGCGGUCGGUUCCGAACAGUGGCACGCCCAUUUGCCGCAGAACUGGCUUCCGGUCAUCACCCGGGACAUUGCCCGCCAAAGACGACAGAACCCCCAGGGACCCUUCACGGACGCGUACAUCUCCGGGAUGUCGUCCAAGCGCCGCAAGCUGAUAGCCGAAACGAAACCCCCGUCGGACGUUCCCUCGCUGAUUGCGGACAACGUUCGGGAAGCGUUUCACGGCGCCGGCAUCAAUCCGGCCUCGGUGGUACCGGCAUCUGCUGUGGCCGCCGCCGCCGGUGGAAGCGGAGUCGCCGGAGGUUUCCCAAGUAGCCUCAGUGAGUUUUCCAGCACGAUAGCGGACGACGCGGCCCUUCACAGCUCGUACUGCGAGGCGAUGCGGGCCAGCGUGCGCGAACGGUUAGCCAAAGAUCCCAACUACGACGCGAAACGGUUUCCCAACUGUUCCAAGUACUUUGAAAAGUAGUGCGGCGGAGAAAAUUGGCAGGUUAGAGUGAUAAGAGCUUUGGAGUGUGGUUAAAAUUUUGUACGCCCAGCUGUACAAACCGUGAACAAAUAAAUUUGUUUUUAAAACAGCGUAAAGGGUGUAUGCAUUGCAAAUUAUUGUCUCCACCAUUGUUGGCUAUUAGUCGAAAAAACACACACGCGUCAUGAGACUAUAGCGCUUAGAAGCUAGGAUUUUUUGUUUGUAUAAUCAACACUACACACACAGAGAUAAAUAAUGGAAAUCACAACAUAUGAAACCACACGACUAAUCUUCCUAGUCCUCUUACUCUCGUUGAUGAACAAUCACAAUUGGCAUUGCAGGAAGAAACAAUAUGGGAAAAUUAAACAACUCUGAAAUGCUACCGAAUCGGCAUUUUCCCAAUUUACUUGGUUUUUGUUCUGUCGUUAUUGUGCAGUUUAGUUUUUUUUUUCUAAUUGGCACCAGUUUUAGCUUCAACUGAUCAUUGUUUUAAUUUCCCGUAAAAUUUAAAAUACAUGAUAAAUUGGUAGACACAAUAAACAGAACAAACGGUUUAUGUAAUAAAAAACUAGUGUUAUUAAUACAAGAUAAUAAUAAAAAGCCUAUGUUCUUUUGCAAAAUA